GCCGGCUGUUAUCUUGCUUCUUACUUCUGUAUCUUGGGAUGUCAUAUUAUUCUUGAUUACAUAUAUUCAUGGAAAUGUUAGUGUUAGGAAUUGGAAGCCCCGUGUGUCAGUUUGGUGAAACUUUGAUAGUUCCAAGGGAUUCAGAAAAUUUCCCAGAACCAAAUACUUUGAGAACAGAUGUGUAUCGAAAUGUAACGAUUCAAACGAAGAAUGGACAUACAAGGAGAAAGACUAAACGAGUAAAAAAUCGAGACUAGCAGCCCAAGACUAAUCGGGAAUCAAACGAGCAAUUUGGGGUUAGCCGCCAUAAACUAGUUUUGGAUCUCAGAUCUCCAAAAAGGAAUAGUUUGGAUUAGAGAAACUCAAAUGGAGAGAUUUGACUUUCUCAUGUACGACCUUUAGAAGAACCCGACAUGAUACAAGUCAUCAUCUGUUAUCUCCUCACUAUACAUAUGCGACUAGCUACAUGCUGAAUUAGCCACACCGUCCUCUCCUUUUCGCAACGUGCAAGCCAGUCGUUGCUAGUGCUAGUAGUAGUGCUGCCCAACAAUGGCGGGAGCUGCACUGCUUCCUGUUGCCUUGCUGGUGUGCCUUGCGUUGGCCAGCGGAGCCGAUGCUGCCCGGAAGCCGGUCGGUUUCUACGAGCUCAAGAACAAGAAGGGGGACUUCUCCAUCAAGGUCACCAACUGGGGAGCCACCCUCGUGUCUGUCUUUGUUCCUGACUGCAAAGGAAACGUCGCCGAUGUCAUCCUUGGGUACGACACCGUUGCUGAAUAUGUUAAUGGUACUGCUUCAUUCGGAUCGACGGUUGGGCGCGUCGUCAACAGAAUCGCCAAGUCCCGCUUCGUGCUCGACGGGAAAGCCUACCAUCUCUUCCCUAACGACGGCAACAACUCCAUCCACGGCGGCCACAGGGGUUUCGGCAAGGUCAUCUGGACGGUGAAAGAGUAUGUGAGCGGCGGUGACUCCCCGUACAUUACCUUCUUCUACCACAGCUUCGACGGAGAGCAAGGGUUCCCGGGCGACCUGGACGUGUACGCGACGUACCGGCUCUCCAGCCCGUACGAGCUGAGCAUCAGCAUGAACGCGACGGCCACGACCAAGGCGACGCCGGUGAACCUCGCGAACCACGCGUACUGGAACCUCGCCGGCCACGACAGCGGCGACGUCCUCCAGCAGGAGCUCCAGAUCCUCGCGUCGAGCUACACGCCCCUCGACGACACCAAGAUCCCGACGGGCCAGAUCGAGCCCGUGGCCGGCACCAUCUACGACUUCCUGAAGCCGACGCCCGUCGGCGAGCACAUGGACAUCGUCCCGGGCGGCGGCGGCGGGUACGACCUCAACUUCGUCGUGAACGGGGAGCAGGACGCGUUCAGGCAGGUGGCGCGCGUCGAGGACCCCAAGUCCGGCCGGGGCAUGGAGGUGUGGGCGAACCAGCCCGGCGUGCAGCUCUACACCUCCAACUGGGUCAUCAACGAGAAGGGGAAAAACGGCAAGGUUUACGGGCAGUACGGUGCGCUGUGCCUGGAGACACAGGCGUACCCUGAUGCCGUGAACCACCCCGAGUUCCCGUCGUCAAUCGUCAGGCCCGGCCAGGUCUACAAGCACGACAUGGCCAUCAAGUUCUAUGCUUGACUUCAUUGAUCAGUCAUUUUCAUUUGAGCGUACGAUUCGUCAGUUCUUUUUUUUUUUGAAACCUACGAUUCGUCAGUUGUUGAACGUGCCGUAGCAUGCAUGUUGUUAGCUUUGGGAAGCGGUGACAAGGUCAAUGGGCCAAAAUCAAAAUGUGGCCAUGGACCCGGACCCUGAUGUAAUUUGACCACGAAAUAAGAACAUCUAGAACCGUGUUGUCAUGAA